AUGAGCCACCGGAGGCGAUCUCGCGCUGCCGGCUCGCCGCAUGGCGACGCCGGUCCGGCUCCUACGCCGGAGAAGUCGGGACGGAUCCGGCCGUGGGCGGUGCUGGGUUCGGACCGGAGGGUGCUGGCGCUCGCGCUGGCGUUCCGCGCGGUCAACGCGCUGCUCGUGCGCACCUACUUCAACCCUGACGAGCACUGGCAGUGCCUUGAGGUCGCCCACCGCGUAGCCUUUGGGUAUGGUCACCUUACAUGGGAGUGGAAGCGGGGCCUGCGAAGUUACCUCCACCCGUUGAUCUUUGCUGCUCUCUACAAGAUCCUGGCGCUACUCCACCUAGACACUCCAUGGGUUAUGGUGAUGGCUCCACGUCUGCUACAAUCUGUGUUUGCAGCUUUUGGAGAUCUAUACUUGUAUAAAUUUUCCAAACUUAUUUUCAAUGGUCAGGUUGCCCAGUGGACAUUAUUUUCCCAAUUGGUUAACUGGUUCAUGUUUUUCUGUAUCACGCGGACUCUAUCAAACAGCUUGGAGACUGUUUUGACUGUAGCUGGACUCUAUUACUGGUUUACUGCAAUAGAGUCUUCCAAGGCAACCUCAGUCGUUUCAAAGCAGCAUGCUGCCUGUGAACAAAGUGUCUCAUCAAGAAAAAUGGCUCUUCUGAUAGCAGCCUUGUCCUGUGCGAUUCGGCCAACAAGUGCUGUAACAUGGAUAUAUGUUGGUCUUUUGGAUUUUAUUCAGAUGAAAUCAAAAUUUCGUUUUGUCUUUCUUGAUGUCAUUCCAGUAGGGGCCAUUGUCCUUGCAGUAACAACACUCCUUGAUUGGUGGAUGUAUGGUUCCCGGGUCAUAGUGCCACUUAAUUUUUUGAAAUUCAACCUCUUCUCUUCGGGAGGAGACUACUACGGAACACAUGUCUUCCACUGGUACUUUACACAGGGUUUUCCGUCCAUGAUUUGGACAUUCUUACCAUUUGCAAUGUGUGGUAUUGUAAAGUCUCGGGAAUGGAGACUUUCAGGUCUAAUUGCUUGGGUAUUAGGGGUUUACAGCAUACUUGGACACAAAGAAUUUAGAUUUGUUCUUCCGGUGCUACCUUUAGCAUUGAUGUUCUCAGGUUACUGCUUAGCUGCCAUGUCACAAUUCAAGGGCAAAAAUCAGCAUGGGAAAAGAAGCCUUUCAAGGUUGCAACUUUCUGUUAUUCUUCUUGUCAUAACCAAUGUUCCCAUGGCCUUAUAUAUGUCCUUAUUCCAUCAAGUGCUUUAUGACGGCAUAACAAUUCACAGCUUCCAUUGA